AUGAAAAAAAAAGAUAACGGUCCAACACAUCAAGAGUACACAUCUGUAAGAGACUACCUACUUACCAUUAUCUGCAUUAACAAUGGGAGUAGGUCAGGUUCACUUGCAAACAUGACCCUUGAAGAGUUUCAAAAUGCUCAUCAAGAUGGAGAUGACUAUGUAGUGAAGGUAAAGAAACAUAAAACAUUUACAACUCAUGGACCAGCUCACAUUGUCAUGCCUACUGCAAUUUACAUGUGGCUUGGCAUAUUCGUAAGCAACUUUAGAAACAAACUUGGUGAAGUAGACAAAGGGGACAAUGCUCCUGUUUUUCUAUCUUGGAAUCUCCACCCAGUGAACUCAUCCCACAUUGGUAAGCAAAUGGGCUCUUGCUGGGGCAAAGUUUUUGGAAAGGAAGCAUCUGGUGGUGGAGCAACUGCAUUUCGUAAGGCAGCAGUUUCAGCGGUACAGGAACAUGAUGAAGAAGCAAGAGGAAACCUGGCAAGUCUAAUGGACCAUUGUAAAGAGACAGCCGAUAAAUUUUACAUGCUCCAACAGAAGUCAAAGCAAGCCACUGUUGCAGCACGCAGUCUCAUGCGAAUUAUGCACUCCAGGAAAUGCAAUGAAACACAGGCAGCAGCUACUCCACACCGAUGGACUGCCGAACAAGAAAAAGUUUUAAGUGAUGUUUUUGCAGAGGAGAUCAAGGAACAAAAUAUCACACUCCAAAAAGUAGAACAGCUCAUCAAGGAUCACCCUGUCCUCAAGGAUUUCUCAGCCACAAAAAUCCGUGAUAAGGUCAGGUACAUGUACAAUGAUAUUGUUCCUAGUGCUAUGGUGCCUCCACAAGAAGAAGAAACAUCAGGAGAUCGAUUAGCACGUUUGGGGAUUCUAGCGAAUGAUAUUGGCAAAGCCAGCUCUACAAACCCUAAGAGGAAGCGGAAUGCUAAGACUGCAAGUUGUGACUCAGAAUAUACUCCCAGUUUGUUUUCUGCAACAAAAACAUCAACUUCAGAUAGAGCUGGAAAAUUGUUUGAUGAGAAAUCAACUGAAGACUUCAAAAAGAUCUUUUCUGAUCUUAUUACAACACAUAAACCAAUAAAAAAGGCAGUUGUUAUGGAGAUAAUGAAAAAUUCCAGUUUAAAACAUUUGGCAAAAAACUUUACACAACUGCAAAUAGUUGAUAAAGUUCGAACAGAAAAAAAGAAGUUUCAACAGGGAAAUACAAAAUAA